UGGCUUAAGGUGAAGAGCAUCAAGAGACUGAAAAAUGAACACUGUGGCCACUCUACUUGUUUUUGUCAGUUUGUCCAUUGUUGCUAUUGAAGGGAAGCCCGGGAUUGGAAUCCAAAGAUGUUUAUGCCGUGGUGCUGGUCUCAAAAUGGUGAAGCCAAAGCUGAUAGACAAAGUUGAAAUUCACCCUAUUAGUCCAACCUGUGGACAUUUGGAAGUCGUUGUAACGCUGAAGAAUGGUGUAGGACGAAGAUGCUUAAACCCAGAGUCAUUGUUUACCAAGACUAUCAUUGAGAGGAUUGCAAAAAAGACCAGGAGUGCUCAGUAA